AUGCCAUGCCAUGCCUGCAGUUCGCUCAAGGAGGUCAGGACAAAGUUCCACAGACCUGCUGCAACGGCCUACACAACCUCGCCGAUAGCGCAACGACGGUCGACGACAAGACCGCCGCCUGCAAGUGCUUGGCUACUGCUUUUCAGAAGUUCCCUACCAUCAAAGACGAGGAUUUGCAGAAAAUUCCUGGGCUGUGCAACGUUACUGUUCCCUUUCCCCUCUCUAAGAACCUCAAAUGUGACAAGUAAGUGGAAUCACCUGUUAAUAUCGACUUGGAAUUUCUUCUUCAUUGUGCCAUUUUUUGGACCACAUAUAAUUUUGACUUCAUUCUUGAAUUUUGAUUUGCAGCAUCAAGCAGUUCAUUAUUGCCUAUUAGAGCGACAUGAUCAUGAUCGAUCGAUAAGUUUGAUAUGGCUACAAGAAUUAAUGUUUAUUGUUCCUUUGAUUCAUGUUAUAUAUGUACGCUGA